AACCUAAGGCCUGCCACUAGGCGCGUUCACGAUUGCCUAACACUCGCGGUGAAGUGUCUUUGGCUUCGUCCUAUGCUCAGGACAUGCGCACUAAACAACGACCCCCUUCCGACGCGCAUGCGUAGUGUUUCUCUCCCUUUUUCUUUUUUUCCCUCCUUCGCCUAGUUGUGAGCCAAGGCAGGCGCGCCCCCGGCACGGAGCGGGUAGCGGCCACGUAGCUGCGCGACACCGGGAGCGCGCACAGAGGCGGGUGGGAGGGGGGCUCGCCGCUCGGUGUUGUGACGUGAACGACGAAGGAGGAGGAGGACAGGAAGGAAGCUUCCCGGGAGCCAUGGACCGAGACACCCCGGGAGGGAGGGCAAGCCUUUCCAUUAAUCUUAAGAUGUAGUGUGGCCCCUGUAUUCCUGGAAUACAAAAAAAUAUAAAAACAUCAACUCAGUGUCUUAUGAACAUCUUAACAUAAACUUUACAGUAAUCCUUCGAACAUUCAGAAAUGUUGCGUCCUUCAAACCUUCAGCCUGACCCAAUGGGUCAAGCAGCCAACUCCUGCCAAAAAUUGCUGGACGGUCGCCCCCCUGAUGUUACUGGGAUGGGACUUGAUGACCCCUUGCGAGUUAGUGUUCCCCCUCCAUUUUACCAUACUACAAAUCAAGAACUUGAUCUUUCAAAUAAGCAAUUCAAAAGAGAGACAAGUGGACCUUAUCCUGUUAUGAUGGACACUAAAGUAGGUAAACCACAUCUUCUUGAACCUGAGCAGCAAUCCUUUUUUCGGGACAGUAAACCAGCCAAUGAGGUUUUGCCUGUUAAAGGGGAAAGACAAAAUUCUGGUGAAUCUGAGGAUGACGAUGAUGAUGAUGAUGACGACGACGACGAUGAAGAUGAUGAUGACGAUGAGGAGGAAGAUGAGGAUGAUGUGAAUUACAAAAGAGAGCAGAUAAUUGUAGAGGUGAACCUUAACAACCAAACCUUAAAUGUCUCCAAAGGAGAUAAGGGUGUGGGCAAGGACCCUUCACACAUGAAGACCAGCAGUGAUGAGGAUGGAGGUGACUCUGGAGAUGAUGACCAGGACAGCAAUGAGGAUGAAGAGAAUGAUUCUCGUCCUGCUGGUAAUCAGACCAAUAUGGAACAUGUAAACCAGGACCAAAAGACUGAGAACUCCAACAUGGUAGCUGGUGACGGAGCCAACAAUCCCAACAAUGAACAAGUCACGAGUGGUGAAGCUCCCAAACGGAAGAAGAAAACUCCAAAAGAGCCUAAAUCUCCCACUGACAAGGGAAAGAGUGAGGAAAAGGAGACCCUUACGUGUGACAAAUGUCCUCGUGUAUUCAACACCCGAUGGUAUCUGGAAAAGCACAUGAAUGUUACGCACCGAAGGAUGCAGAUUUGUGAUAAGUGCGGCAAAAAGUUUGUCUUAGAGAGUGAGCUGUCCCUUCAUCUUCAAACGGACUGUGAGAAGAACAUUCAGUGCAUCACCUGUAACAAGACCUUUAAGAAGCUCUGGUCCCUCCACGAGCAUAUCAAGAUCGUCCAUGGCUAUGCUGAAAAGAAAUUCUCCUGUGAGAUUUGCGAGAAGAAAUUCUACACAAUGGCACAUGUCCGCAAGCAUCUUGUUGCUCAUACGAAAGAUAUGCCAUUCACCUGUGAAACAUGUGGAAAGUCGUUCAAGAGAAGCAUGUCUUUGAAGGUUCACUCUUUACAACACUCUGGAGAGAAGCCUUUCAGAUGUGAGAACUGUGAUGAGCGGUUCCAGUACAAGUACCAGUUGCGUUCACACAUGAGCAUCCAUAUUGGACACAAGCAGUUCAUGUGCCAGUGGUGUGGUAAGGACUUCAACAUGAAGCAGUAUUUCGAUGAGCACAUGAAGACGCACACUGGGGAGAAACCCUUUAUCUGUGAAAUCUGUGGCAAGAGCUUCACCAGCCGCCCAAACAUGAAACGCCAUCGCAGGACCCACACGGGGGAAAAGCCUUACCCAUGUGACGUAUGUGGUAUGCGCUUCCGUUUCUCCAACAUGCUUAAGGCUCACAAAGAGAAGUGCUUCAGGGUCACCAGUCCAGUGGGUGUUCCGCCAGCACUGCAGAUCGCUCUUAACCCCUCACAAGGUGUUACCAACCUCCAAACAGGCCAUGUGCCACCCAGCAGUCCCACGCCACCUCUUAACCUUAACACUUUGAGUUCCCUGCCUCCUCGACCCAUCCCUCAUCCAUUCUCCCACCUCCACCUCCAUCCGCACUCACAUUCACAUCACCUGGCAGUACCGCCCGUUCCACACCUUCCUCCACCCCCGGCUCUCUUUAAAAGCGAGGCAUUGAACCACCGUGGACAGGCCGAUGAUAGUUUCCUACGGCACCUGGCAGAGAAGACCAGUGCUGCUCAACAUCAUUAAUGCCAGUGGCAGGCUCCAAGUAGCAGUGCCAGCCUAACAAGGGGUUUGGGGCCCCAUGGUAGAUCUGUUUGCACAGAACUUGGUUAGGCUUCAGCUACAUGUGUGGCCCUCGUUAACUGCUGGAGUGCUGUCACAAGAAACAAAAAUGGAGCGCUGCCCUGUCUUUGGGAAGAGACUAUAGCAGUAGAGCAGUGUUGUCCCUGUGGGGGUGGCUGACUCAUUCAUCACAGCUCAAGCAUUAUUUUAACCUAUAAAUUUGUCAUGACCGCAUCUACAGUCUGGUGGCAGCACAGAGCAUGAGGGUUUCCGGGCACUCGACAUGCCAGGCUUUAUACGAGUUAAAAAAUGUAACGUAACGCUGGCCCAGACGGAUGGAAUCCAAACUACUCUGGGAUGGAGGAGAAGGAACUUUAGGGUAUUUUCUUUCCCUAUUGUAUACUAAUGUUUGAAACUGACAAUUUCCUUAAAGCAUUAAAAAAAUAAAUUUUUUUUUUGCUCCCUUCACUCUUCAUGUUACAACCCCAAGAAAGUAUGCCGUCACUUCUGAGAAAGGUCAGAUGGCACUCCCAUAUGUAUUAUUUUACUACCAAGAUUAUUUUAGAUGAGUUUUUGUUUCCUUGUAUAGACUGAACCUAGUCUGAUGUGUAAUUUUUAUUUUGUGUAGUUAUGCCGAUCCCUCACUUUAUUUUUAUUUUUUAAUAAUCUUCCAAAAGCAAAAUUUUCAUAAACUCCCCAUUUUCUUUUUUUUCUGGCCUUUGGUAAUAUCGUCCCGACUUGUAAAAGUGGUGUGCAUUUAGGAUUUUUUUUUUUUACCUUUAAAGGUGCAGUUCAGUUUGCUGAGUUCCUAUAGCAAAAAAUUUUCUACUUAUACAUUUUUUGUUUAAAUUAUACAUUUUUUUCUUUUUGUUGGUUCUGGUUGGCACAUUAGUCUCAUGCCAAUAAUACAUUACACAUUCAUUGACUGUGCACCUAUGCGGGCAGUGGAGCUGCACCUUUAAAGCUUAUUCCCUUUUAGUCAAUGUUAAAAAUCAACAGUUUUCUAAUAAAAUCCUUCCUUUCCACUUGUCUUCAAUGACCACUGAGAAAAUGUGUUUUUAAGCAAAUAAAACUCUAAUGUACCAAGCACUUUAAUGGGAGAACACAAUGUCUCCUGUCUGUUACAUAGGUGGACGGUUCCCCAUAUAAUAUGAAGUUGUAAGUUACAUAAUAUAUCUGUAGGAUUUGUGGGUUUUGUUCUCAUUUCAUGGGCUUCAUUUAUCAAAACAAG